CGUGUCCCCCGGAGGCUCCGCCCACAUCUGCCGGCGCCUGCGCGGGUGGCCGUCACGUGACGGGCCCAAAAUGGCGGCGCUCGGGGCGCUCCGGCACUGCCGGGGGCCUGGGGGGCUCCAGCUGCUGCCUCCCGCCGGCCGCCCCUGGGCCUCGUCUUCCUCCUCCUCCUCCUCCUCCUCCUCGUCCUCGUCACCGGAACCGCUGGCCGCCCUGGGCCGCCUGGCCGCCCGCCUGCUCGACACGCAGCCGCUGGCAGGGUGGCGCGCCCGGCUCCAGCGCUACCGCCUCCGCACCAAGAACGCCUACUGCGGCCACGUGCAGCAGCUCUACGGUGACGACGUGGCGGCCGCCUUCUUCGCCGUCUCCUGCGGCGGCGGCGCCAGGUUCGAGGGCCGGGACGAGUGGCUGCGGCCCGACGCGCGCGGGCGCUGCGGCCCCGAGCUGCUGCAGCUGCGGGAGCGGCCCGUGGUGGCCAUCGACCUCCGCGGCACCGACGUCACCUACGGCGGCCUGGACAACCUGGUGCGGCUGCGGCGGCUGCGGCACCUGGACCUGGGCGGCUGCCGGCACCUGGACGACUGGGGCCUGGCGCGGCUGCAGGCGCUCGGCGGCAGCUUGCGGGAGCUCUCGCUGGCCGGCUGCCCCCGCGUCACCGAGCGGGGCCUGGCCACCCUCCACCACCUCCGGCACCUGCGGCGCCUGGACGUCUCGGAGCUGCCGGCCGUGCGGCACAAGGGGCUGGUCCGUAUCCUGCUGGAGGAGAUGCUGCCGCGCUGCCAGGUGCUGGGCAUGGACGACGGGGAGGUGCCGGCAGCCGCAGGACAGCCCCCCGCGACCCCCCCGCACGAGCAGGACACCAGUUUUGGGGCGAAAGUGCCCGGAUGCGGCUCCCACGGAGCCAGGACCGUGCUGCGGGACGCCGAGCGCCAUUAAACGGGGGCUCCCGACCCGG